UGUCCUGGUUGCUGGCGAGCUGGGUAGCUGCCGUAGCAAGAAGUGGAGGAGGUGAAGCUAGUUCCCAGCCUCAGUCUCUUUCGCUUUCCUUUCCCUUCCCUCACCCCCUCCGCCCUCCUCUCAAACAGCCCGCCUCCCUUGACCUCGGCGACCCGGCUGGCCCCGCCCACUCCCGUCGACGCGAUUCCCGCCGGGAGGCAAAAAGCGGGGUCGAACCCUCAGCGCCGCGGAGGAGGCCGACGGCCGGGAGGAGGCUGCGGGGUGCCGCUCAGGCCAGUCACCGAGCCUCGGCUCCAGGGAGAGUUCGGGGAGUCCUCUUGCCCAGCCAUCGGCUCGCUGCGGCGUGCCCCCAGGCCUAGGCCUUUGCCUCCCUCCCUGCGGGGCUCAGUGGGCAGCAGCGGCUGACGCAGACGGAAGGAACAUCAUGUCGUCCGCGACCGAGCCUCCGCCACUCCCGCCGCCGGAGAGCGCGCCUUCCAAAUCUGCAGCCUUCGCCGCCGGCGGCGGCAGCAACGGCAGCAACAAAGGCGGCCCGGAGGGCGUCGUGUCCCAGGCAGUUUCCUCUGCCGUCAGCGCCGGCUCCGCGGACGCCGACAUGGAGGAAGUGUUUGAUGAUGCAUCACCUGGGAAGCAGAAAGAAAUCCAAGAACCAGAUCCUACUUAUGAAGAAAAAAUGCAAACUGACCGUGCAAAUAGAUUUGAGUAUUUAUUGAAGCAGACGGAACUAUUUGCACAUUUCAUUCAACCUGCUGCUCAGAAGACGCCAACUUCACCUUUGAAGAUGAAGCCAGGACGUCCACGAAUAAAAAAGGAUGAGAAACAGAACUUAUUAUCAGUUGGCGAUUACCGACACCGUAGAACAGAACAAGAAGAGGAUGAAGAACUAUUAACAGAAAGCUCCAAAGCAACUAAUGUUUGCACUCGAUUUGAAGACUCUCCAUCAUAUGUGAAAUGGGGUAAAUUGAGAGAUUAUCAGGUCCGAGGAUUAAAUUGGCUUAUAUCUUUAUAUGAAAAUGGCAUCAAUGGUAUCCUUGCAGAUGAAAUGGGCCUGGGAAAGACUCUUCAAACAAUUUCUCUUCUUGGGUACAUGAAGCAUUAUAGAAACAUUCCUGGACCUCACAUGGUUUUAGUUCCUAAGUCAACAUUACACAAUUGGAUGAGCGAGUUCAAGAGAUGGGUACCAACACUUAGAUCUGUGUGUUUGAUAGGGGAUAAAGAACAAAGAGCUGCUUUUGUUAGAGAUGUUUUAUUACCAGGAGAGUGGGAUGUGUGUGUAACCUCUUAUGAGAUGCUUAUUAAAGAGAAAUCUGUGUUCAAAAAGUUUAAUUGGAGGUACUUAGUCAUAGAUGAAGCUCACAGGAUCAAAAAUGAAAAAUCUAAGUUGUCAGAAAUAGUGAGGGAAUUUAAGACUACAAAUCGACUAUUGUUAACGGGAACACCACUUCAGAAUAAUUUGCAUGAAUUGUGGUCACUUCUUAACUUUCUCUUACCAGAUGUCUUUAAUUCAGCUGAUGACUUUGAUUCCUGGUUUGAUACAAACAACUGCCUUGGGGAUCAAAAACUAGUUGAAAGACUUCAUAUGGUUUUACGUCCAUUCCUCCUUCGCCGAAUCAAGGCUGAUGUUGAAAAAAGUUUGCCUCCAAAGAAGGAAGUAAAAAUCUAUGUGGGUCUCAGCAAAAUGCAAAGGGAAUGGUAUACUCGGAUUUUGAUGAAGGAUAUAGAUAUAUUGAACUCUGCAGGGAAGAUGGACAAAAUGAGACUGUUGAAUAUCCUGAUGCAGUUGAGGAAAUGCUGUAAUCAUCCAUAUCUCUUUGAUGGAGCUGAACCUGGUCCACCAUACACAACAGAUAUGCAUCUAGUUACCAAUAGUGGCAAAAUGGUGGUGUUGGACAAGCUGCUCCCCAAAUUGAAAGAACAAGGUUCACGAGUACUAAUCUUUAGUCAGAUGACAAGAGUGUUGGAUAUUUUGGAAGAUUAUUGCAUGUGGAGAAAUUACGAAUAUUGCAGAUUGGAUGGGCAGACACCCCACGAUGAGAGACAAGAUUCCAUCAAUGCGUAUAAUGAGCCAAACAGCACAAAGUUUGUUUUUAUGCUAAGCACGCGGGCCGGUGGUCUUGGCAUCAAUCUUGCUACUGCUGAUGUUGUAAUAUUGUAUGAUUCAGAUUGGAAUCCCCAAGUAGAUCUUCAGGCUAUGGACCGAGCACACAGAAUUGGACAAACCAAGACAGUGAGAGUGUUCCGGUUUAUCACUGACAACACUGUAGAAGAAAGGAUAGUGGAACGUGCUGAGAUGAAACUGAGACUGGAUUCAAUAGUCAUUCAACAAGGAAGGCUUGUGGAUCAGAAUCUGAACAAAAUUGGGAAGGAUGAAAUGCUUCAAAUGAUUCGACAUGGGGCAACACAUGUAUUUGCUUCAAAGGAAAGUGAGAUCACUGAUGAGGAUAUUGAUGGUAUUUUGGAAAGAGGUGCAAAGAAGACUGCAGAGAUGAAUGAAAAGCUCUCCAAGAUGGGUGAAAGCUCACUUAGAAACUUUACGAUGGAUACAGAAUCCAGUGUGUAUAACUUUGAAGGAGAAGACUAUAGAGAAAAACAAAAGAUUGCAUUCACAGAAUGGAUUGAACCACCUAAGCGAGAAAGAAAAGCCAACUAUGCUGUUGAUGCAUAUUUCAGGGAAGCUCUUCGAGUUAGUGAGCCUAAAGCACCCAAGGCCCCUCGACCUCCAAAGCAACCAAAUGUCCAAGAUUUCCAGUUCUUUCCUCCACGUUUAUUUGAGUUAUUGGAAAAAGAAAUUCUAUAUUACAGAAAAACUAUUGGGUACAAGGUGCCACGAAAUCCUGACCUACCAAAUGCAGCACAAGCACAAAAAGAAGAACAACUUAAAAUUGAUGAGGCUGAACCUCUUAAUGAUGAAGAGUUAGAGGAAAAAGAGAAACUUCUAACACAGGGGUUUACCAACUGGAAUAAAAGAGAUUUUAACCAGUUUAUCAAAGCUAAUGAGAAGUGGGGUCGUGAUGAUAUUGAAAAUAUAGCAAGAGAAGUAGAAGGAAAAACUCCGGAGGAGGUCAUUGAAUACUCAGCUGUGUUCUGGGAAAGAUGCAAUGAACUCCAGGACAUAGAGAAGAUUAUGGCUCAGAUUGAAAGAGGAGAGGCAAGGAUUCAGAGAAGAAUUAGUAUCAAAAAAGCACUUGACACAAAGAUUGGACGGUAUAAAGCACCUUUUCAUCAGCUGAGAAUAUCGUAUGGUACCAACAAAGGAAAAAACUACACUGAAGAAGAGGAUCGGUUUUUGAUUUGUAUGCUUCACAAGCUUGGAUUCGACAAAGAAAAUGUUUAUGAUGAAUUGCGGCAGUGCAUUCGCAAUUCUCCGCAGUUCCGAUUUGACUGGUUUCUUAAGUCCAGAACUGCGAUGGAGCUCCAGAGGAGGUGUAAUACCUUAAUCACCUUGAUUGAAAGAGAAAACAUGGAACUGGAAGAAAAGGAGAAGGCAGAGAAAAAGAAACGAGGACCAAAGCCGUCGACACAGAAACGUAAAAUGGAUGGAGCCCCUGAUGGUCGGGGAAGGAAAAAGAAGCUGAAACUAUGAAUACAUUUUUGUUUUAUAAUCACUAACUUUAAACCAGUAGUUCUUUAUAAUUUACGGGUCUUCAUAAGAUGUACUGUACAAUGGUCAACUGUUAUGUCAUUAAAAGACAUCAGGCUCAUCUGUUUCCUGAGCUAGAAACAUAGUAUGUAGUUUCACUCUUUUAAAUACAACAGCUGUGCUGAAAUUUUUUUUAUCUUUUAACACUUGAAGUAAUAAAAUAGGCUUCAUUUAUUAAUAAAUGCUUCAUUUGAUUUAUUUUUCUAUUGUAGUUCCAUUUGUGAAGAUAGUGAUUUUGUUUAUCAGCUAUAGUUUCUAUAUUCGUAAGAUUUUCAACACAAGGAAACAACUUUUAAAAAAAAGCAAAGCAAACAUGUCUCUUUAAGUCUCAGCUUAGUUGUGUAUUCUUUUCACUCACUUUGCCUUUGCAGAAAGUUGGGUAUCUUCUUCGUGGUGCCACCAGUGUCAUCUGGAAGAUUAUGUAAAUUGCAUUCUUCUUGCUUACGUGGGUAGAAAGGGGGGAAGGGCAAGACAAAUUGUAAUUAAAUUCUAUGCAUAUUUUUGUUAUGCUUUCUGUUUCUAUAGUUGGUUUGGAGGGCCUUUUAGUUGUACUGUAUAGCCAAAGACAUUUAGUAUUUUCUGGUUCUUUAAGGAGUUACUGUACCAUUUUGUAAAAGGAGUAUUAUUUUUUAAUUGUUGGAUAAAUAUUUUGACAAAUGAUCUUCAGAAGCAGCCACAAUUUAGAAAGAUAAUGUCAGAACUGAGGUGAUUUUUUUCCCCCGUAAGACCUAGCCAACAUAUGGUGCGAACUUGUCGUACUGUUAAAUUGAAAUUCAUGGCAAAAUUUAUGCCCUCCCACUUCGUAGAAUUUUGAGUUUUAGAGUAAUUGAGAGUCUUAUUAUAUUUCAAGAUAAUUUCUAAAAGUAAGUGUGAGCAGCAAAACGGACUAUAAUUCCAGUGUUUGUUUUUGGUGGCCAGACUUGAUAAACUGGAGACCUGGAAGCGGGAACACCCAAAUCGUAGUGUCAGGGUUUUAGCUGUACCAGAGGCCUUUGUGUGCUACACAAAAUUUGUAUAAAGUUUGAUAUGUGCAGAUGGGCACAUAGCAGAUCUCCAUUUUUCUAAGGGAAUGCAAUAAAUGUAGCAUCGUGAAUAAAUAUAACUUUUAUAAUCCUUA